UCGCCCGAGAAGAGCGGAGCAGCCUCCGCUCGCCGAAGGCCCUGGACUUAAAACUGCUUCUUGGCUUUUGUGUUAGCGCAACAAAGGGCUUUUAUCCUGGGCCGGGCACGGCCAUCUUCCUACCCUCGGUCAGUGCCUGCCGGGCAAGGCAGGGCCGGGGGCCUGUGGAGGCCUGGGUCUCUCCCGCCACCAGCGGCAUGAAGUGCUCCGGCCCUGCCCGGGCGCUCGGCGGCUUCGGCUGCCCCAGACGCUGCAUGCGGCGCCUUCAGCCUCGGCGUCCUGACCUUGUUUUCCCGGCGGGCCCGCGGCUGCCCGGAGACCGGCGCCUCCGCCCGAGGUUAAAAAGUAACUUUCGCAGUAGCGUCGCCGGAGGAGAAAGAAGAGGAGGUGGAAGCCGCUGGGCCCGCGCCCGCCGCAGCCCUUCUCCCGCCCCGGCGGGGCACGGCGGCGGGGGCCGCAGGCCGCGGCGGACGGGCCCGGGUGCAGCGAGGCGUGCGGAGCUGCGUGCCCCGAGGCCGGCGAGGCCAAGGGCAGAGCGGCCAUGAAGUGGGAAGGCCCCCGUGCCUGCUGGGGUACAUGGGUUGUGGUGCCAGGUUCCCCCAGGGCACGCAGCGGGACUGAGACGGAGCCAGCGGUGGGCUCGGCGGGAGCGGGGCCUGUCCCGGUAACAAGCGACUUGUGGCCUUAGUGCCAAAUGACACUUCAUUCAACACCAGACGAGCCUACACCAGUGAAGAUGAAGCCUGGAAGUCGUAUUUGGAGAAUCCCCUAACAGCAGCCACCAAGGCUAUGAUGAGCAUAAAUGGUGAUGAGGACAGUGCUGCUGCUCUUGGCCUAUUGUAUGACUAUUAUAAAGUUCCCAGAGAUAAAAGGCUGUUGUCUGUUAACAAAGUGAGUGAUAAUCAAGAAGACCAAGAUAAAAGAAAUUGUCUUAACACCACAGAAGCUCAGAGUAAUUUGAGUGGGGGAGAGAACCGUGUGCAAGUCCUGAAGACGGUGCCAGUUAACCUUUCCUUAAAUCAAGAUCCUUUGGAGUCAUCCAAAAGGGAAUACAACACAAAUGUGUCUGGGAGCUCAACACCCAUCACUGGGACUGGAGUGACUGUGGUUAAAGCUGAGGAGUUCACCCCUGUUUUCAUGACCCCACAAGCACACUAUGCAAGAGGAGAAAAUGAGGAGCACCGAGGUGUUAUCUUCGAACCAUAUGAAGUGUCCAACAUUGCUCCCCACACAAACUAUCUCAAAGAAGACCAGCGCAGUACUCCUGACAGUACGUACAGCGACACCUUCAAAGAUGGAGGAACAGAAAAGUAUCGCAGUGUGUCAGUGGGGGCUGAAGAAUAUAUUUAUGAACAAACAAGCAGCACUUUUCAGUACACACUAGAAGCUACCAAAUCUCUGCGUCAGAAGCAAGGGGAGGGGCCUAUGACCUACUUGAACAAAGGACAGUUCUACGCCAUCACCCUGAGCGAGACGGGUGACAACAAAUGUUUCCGUCAUCCCAUCAGCAAAGUCAGGAGCGUGGUCAUGGUUGUUUUCAGUGAGGAUAAAAACAGGGAUGAACAGCUGAAAUACUGGAAAUACUGGCAUUCUCGGCAGCACACAGCUAAACAGAGGGUCCUCGACAUUGCUGAUUACAAGGAGAGUUUUAAUACCAUUGGGAAUAUUGAAGAAAUCGCAUUCAAUGCUGUGUCCUUUACCUGGGAUGUCAAUGAGGAGGCAAAGAUUUUCAUCACAGUGAAUUGCUUGAGCACAGACUUCUCCUCUCAAAAAGGAGUAAAGGGGCUUCCUUUGAUGAUUCAGAUUGAUACAUACAGCUACAACAACCGCAGCAAUAAGCCCAUCCACAGAGCCUACUGCCAGAUCAAGGUUUUUUGUGACAAGGGAGCAGAAAGGAAAAUCAGAGAUGAAGAAAGGAAGCAGAACAGGAAGAAAGGCAAAGGCCAGACAUCUCAAGCCUCGUGUAAUAACUCAGCGGAAGGGAAGUUGAGUGCACUCCCUCUGCAAAAAAAGAGCGAUAUCACCUUCUUCAAAACAAUGGCUGACCUGGAUUCCCAGCCAGUUCUCUUCAUACCGGAUGUUCACUUUGGAAACCUACAAAGAACUGGACAGGUUUACUAUAAUACAGAUGAUGAGAGAGAAGGUAGCAGUGUCCUGGUCAAAAGGAUGUUCCGGCCUGUGGAGGAGGAGUUUGGUCCAUCCCCUUUGAAACAAAUGAAAGAAGAAGGCCUGAAAAGAGUGCUUUUGUAUGUGAGGAAGGAGACAGAUGAGGUGUUUGAUGCUUUGAUGCUGAAAUCACCCACAGUAAAGGGGCUAAUGGAAGCGAUCUCUGAGAAAUAUGGGCUGCCAGUUGAAAAGAUUGCAAAACUUUAUAAGAAGAGCAAAAAGGGUAUCUUGGUAAACAUGGACGACAACAUUAUUGAGCACUACUCCAACGAGGACACAUUCAUCCUGCACAUGGAGAGCAUGGUUGAAGGCUUCAAGAUCACACUGACAGAAAUUUAGCCUCAGGCAGAACCGUUUUGUAAGGAACCACAGCAUUUCAUCCUUCUUGGAAAGCAGAAGAUUCCCCAGGAACUUGACAGACAUUGAUCAGAGAAACUGUUACAAGACUGCUUUGAAAAUACUGUCCAUUCUGCACAUGUGCACUCACUGCAUAUAGGCUUGGGUUUGUCAGGCACAAGGCCACUCAUGUUAACCUGGUCCCUUAUUUAUUGUUCCCCACUCUCUAAUGUAUGAGCAGUUACCAGCCCCCAGAUUCGUAACCAGAUGAACCACUGCAAAUGUGAAAUGCAGCAUUUUAAUCCAUACUUUAGUGUGGACAAGCUCAUUCUAAAACAUGUUAAGGAACCACACUGGUCUAGUUUCAGAAAUCUGGUGUAAAUCACUUUACCAGUAGUUCUCUCCAUUGUUGCUAAAAAACUGGUGCAGUGCUAAACAUGGGGAAAGUGGCUGACAGAGUUCACUCACUCAGACUGGUCCAUAUCUCUCUCUAGUGUAUAGUCUUGCCAAAUACCUCUGGUAGUUCUCAGCACGUAGCAAUGAGGACUUGUAAGUAAGGCAUUCAGCUACAAAUGUCACUUGUAAGUAAAUGGUAAAGAAACCAUUUUAACCUUGUAUAUAAUGUUUAUAAUAUGCAAUAAUAUAUUUUAACUACUGUAUGCAGGCAUGUUUACUGCCACUAUGUUUUUGUAUGUACUGGGUUUAGGGUUUAGCAGAAUCUUUCCUAGAGGAUUAGAUUCCUGAAAUCUGUUGAGGAGUGUGUACUAAGAAGCUGAUAACUGCAUCUGCACCCAUAUGCUCCACCUUUGCCCACUCAGUCUUAUAGUGCUACAGGGUCUGAGUGCUCUGGCACAAUGGUACCCACCUUAGGUGCCCAAGUCCCAGCUGCAGAUCCCUGAGUGUCCCAUCCAGCUGUCACCAAAUCCAAGAGGCACCACGUGUCUGCUGCCUGGUGUGCCUAGAGGUACAGAAGGGAUUUCUCCUGUUCUGUUGAUGAAAUGGAGGCUCUCAAAGUGUGCUUUUCUCAAGCCUGUGGAGGGAAAGGUGCUUUUUGCAGCAGCCUGCUCAUUAAAGCAUUUCUUUAGACUGUAAGAAACGGGACUUAAAACUCUCCUUAAGGGUACUUGCUCUUGUAUCUCCAUUGAAUGUUUCUGUUUUGACUCUUAGGACAGUUGGGUAAGGUAUAAACCUGGGCGUGAUGUAAAUAUUUUAUCAAAACUGGAACAAUUUUACCAGUGGAGACUGAAUAUCCCACAGCUGGGGUGUGGAGAUUGGUCUCUCUCACAAGGGCUGAAUCUGAACCCAAGUGGAGCUACAGGGUUAUCCUGUCAAAUUUCACCACUGUCUCAUGAAUUCUGUGAAAAAAUAGUGCAUGCUAAAAUUGUAAUAGGAGAAGGGUUCAAGGCCUGAAUGUGUCUGUUCUGUCUCCCUCCCUCUUCCUUUGUCAUGUGCUCUUUCUCCUUUUUAUGAAGAGUUUUGUAGUAAUUCCUUUUCUUUUUAUAAAGAUGUACUCCAGCAAAGAUGCUGUUGCUACCCUGCUUAAGAGCAGACAUCCUGGGAACGAAUACAGGGGUUUUAUGGUGGUUCAGUUUGUUUCUGCUUGGCUCAGGCUGAGAUAAAAUGUCUGUGCUGACUUAGCCCAGAUACUUUUUUCCUAAAGAAAAACAGAGGACAGCUGUGGCAGGUAGCAUUAGGAACUGGGACCAGCACACAGGACUGGUGAGCGCUGGUGUUAGUUCGUGUAUUUCUGUUUUUUUGAUGGUGGUUGGGAUCCUAAGGAUAGCAGCUGGGCUCUCUCAGUUGGUCAUCAUGUCUGGGCAGAAGCUGCAGGUGAAGCAUAGAAGUAAAUGUAUGCAGGAGUUGAGCCCUGGUUCAGCACUCAACCCUGCCAUCCAAGCUCUCUUGCUUAUAGGGAAUGCUUGUGGCAUCUGGGGCUGGCCCGGGUUGGGAUGUGCUGCAUUAAGAGAACAGUGAGAAUUUGGGUUUCACAGAGAAAGACAGGGAUGUCCUGGCAGCACCAGCACUCAGGUAAAUGGCACAUUCUUGUCUUACAUAUGGGUGGAGAUGUGCUGGCAUCUGUUGGAUGCUUCAGCAUCUGGUGCCGAGGAGCAGUGUAGGAUCAGUAAGAAAUGCUGAGGCUGAAGGAGCUCUUUUCAUUGCCGUUUCAGGAGCUUUUGAUCAGGUGAUGUCCAGGGAAGGAAGGUUGCUUCCAAGAUUAACUGGAAGCUUUUCUAAAUACAUCUUAAAGUGUGUGAAUUCCUAGUACAAAAGAACUUACACUUCUGCCUUUCGUUCCUUCUUACAGUCUCAGUGAAGGUAGCAGGGUUGAGGAAGGUGAGUAGGAUUUGCCCUUAUAGUAAGUUUAUUUUCAAAGUAACAACUAGAGCUAGUUAAAGAUGGUCUCCCUUAACUUUCUUUGCUGGGGUCUGAGAGCUUCAUUUCUCUGCUCCAGAUGCAGAUGCAUCGUGAGCACCUAAGACAUUACAAACAUCACAUCCCCUUACACGCCUUCAGUUGUAGUUGCAGCAUCAGCAGCUGCAGGAGCACUUGAACCCUGGAUGCUGGUUCUGGCAGGCUACAAGCUCUGAGGUUUCACUUUGUUGGUCAAAAUCAGGCUAUCAGAGUGAUAAGGAGGGGCUGGGAAGAGUAACGCAAACUUCUGAAGCAGUGGCCUGCCUCAUGCCCUGCUUGAUUCAAAGGUAUUGAGGAGUACAAAGUGCUGGCAUGUAUAUUGUUUAAAAUAUACAUGUUGCUUUUGUUUAAUGAAAAAUAUUGAUUAAUGCUGGAUCUUCCAAAUAUUAUGAGUUAAAUGGAAGUAGGAUUUGGCUGCUGUUCAGCAGGGGACAGGAAUAUCUGCCUUGCUUCCUUCGUCUCUUCGUGGCACUGCUGUGGUUAUUUAUUUAAAGGAACAGAACUCCCAUUUCCUUUUCUUCUUCAAGACAGCAGUCUUGAAUCUGAACCAGUGCAGCCUGAAGGGUGGCUUUCUCCUCAGCUUGUUUCUCCUAUGAAGAAUUAGAGCAGUGCAGUGUCUGUAGAUGUGUAUCGAGAGACUGAUAGAGAUGUGCAAAAGGAAAAUAGUCUUCGAAGCCCUAAUUUUCAUCCCUGCUACAGAUUUGGCACCAUGUCCGUCCAUUUGAUGUUUUAUUAUGAAACCCCAAACCUCAAAUUUUAGUUUCUUUCUACAUAGUCAGUUGCUGAUAUCCCCAUAAUCAAGUACAUCCUUUCAG